GGGGGGUGACCCCCCGUGUCCCCGCAGCCGUGAGGAUGGCGGAGAACGACGUGGACAACGAGCUGCUGGACUAUGAGGACGACGAGGUGGAGAACGCGGCGGGGGCCGACGGCGCCGAGGCCCCCCCCAAGAAGGACGUCAAGGGCUCCUACGUGUCCAUCCACAGCUCGGGAUUCCGGGAUUUCCUGCUCAAACCGGAGCUGCUCCGAGCCAUCGUCGACUGCGGCUUCGAGCACCCCUCCGAAGUGCAGCACGAGUGCAUCCCCCAGGCCAUCCUGGGCAUGGACGUGCUGUGCCAGGCCAAGUCGGGCAUGGGCAAGACGGCCGUGUUUGUGCUGGCAACCCUGCAGCAGCUGGAACCUGUCACGGGGCAGGUGAGGGCAUUUGGGGGUCCCAAAGGGG